UCCUGUUCUGCAGCUCUCAGAGUCAGAGCGAGUGAGGAGUCGGAGUCAUGGCCGAACUGAAAACUGUGAACGUGAUGAAGGAGCGCUGACUCCUCUCUUCUCCUGCUGGAUUCUUCUUCUUCUCCUGUCCAGGAGGACUGAGGAGAAGGAGGAGGAGGAGCGGGGUCCACCAUGGCUGAGCCCCUGCUCAAGAGGACCUUCUCUAGGCUGAGAGGCAAAGACAGAUCCCGCAGGAAGACCGACCCCAAACUGAGCGGUGAGCAGCUGCAGACGUUAAACAUCGUCAACAGUUCAAAUGUUCCCGUGAAGUCGGACGCUGUCCUCCAGACGUCUUCAUCACCGUCAUCACCAUCCAUGGCGACCACUCGGACAGCAGCUGACCCUGACCCGCCCUCACCGCCACGGAACCACAUCACAGUCGCUAAGAAACAGUCGUGGGCACGACAGGGGUCUGCGGCUCCGCCCACCAUCCUGCCCUCAAGCCACGCCCCCAGAACCUCCGAGCGACCAUCCCAUGAUGCACCUGGGCAAGUGUGGAGUCAGAGGCUGGCACAGGAUAAGACGGAGCAGUGUGCUGACAGGAUGACCGGCUCCUCCUGUGCUCCAGUCAGCUCGACGACAGUCCACCAGGAGGUGCUCCAUCCACCAGGAGGUUCCCCUGAUGCGCCCUCCACCUCCGUCACCUCCGUCAGCAACAAAUCAGGCCAGCGUGCGUAUCUACAAAGCCUGGAUCGGAGCAGUCGAGCCUGGGUGCUGUCUUCAGGAAAGGUCCAGGCUUCAGAUGAGGCCUGUGGGCGGCAGGAGCAGAGCGGCAGCAACAUCUGGUACAACCCGAUCCCUGAGGAGGAGGACGGAGGAGGAGGUGCACGAAGGGAGGAGGAGGUGUGGAGGAGGAGGGAUGAGAGGGAGGAAGGAGCAGCAACAAGGAGGGUGGGGCCAGGAGAUACCAGAGCCGAGACGGGAGGCAUGUGGUUCGGGUCAGCUGAUGGCGACUGUCCACUGGAAGGCGCCAACCCGAGUGUUAGCCACCAUGCUGGUGACAUCACAGCAGAGCGCACAGACCACCCCCCCUCAGACUCUAGCCCCGCCUCCCAGAAGAAAGGGGGCGUGUCCGGCAGUGUAAUGGACAGGCUGAGGUCUCCAGGUACGGUGAGGAAACUCUCCAUGAAGAUGAAGAAACUUCCAGAGCUACGCCGCAAACUCAGCCUCCGCUCCUCACGCACCCAUCGCCACGGAAACGACACCAGAGGGGGCGGAGACGAGUCGACGAGUACAAACACAACGUCAUCAUCAGCCAAUCAGAAUGUAAUCAGCAGAUAUCACCUGGAUAGCUCCGCCCCUCCAGCCAGACCUCUGCGGCGAUCAUCGAGAGGACGCUCGGCGAGCAAAGGAGGUUACCUUAGUGACGGGGACUCCCCUGAGCUGCUGCCACGGCAACAGGCCCCUCCCCUCACAAGUUCCCAGGAAACGGCGUGUGACGUCAGUUCCUUCCGACUGUACGUGGGCUCUGAUCCACAGCGAUGCAGCCAGAGGGUGACAGGUUUACUGACCGUCCACCUGUUGGGCCUGGAGGAGAUGAAGACCAGCAGGUCCGAGGACAGUAAGGAGGUCUUCCUCGCCAUCCAGAUCGACGGGGCGACGAGAGCGAGGACCGCCCUCCUGACCCUGCGAGGCUCCGCCCUCUCAUUAAACCACGCCUUCCACUUGGAGCUGGAGCGAGCCCGCCAGCUCCGCAUCGUCGUCCUAACACCAGCAGCCGGUCCACAGGCAGCCGGCAGGUCGAGAUCAGGGACGGACCCGGGUCGGACUUCAGGCGGUCCAACAAGAAACAGAGUGUGCUGUCUCGGUGGAGUCUCUAUCCCUCCACUCUUUAAAGGGAGUCGGAGUCAGCAGCUCUGCGUGAAGCUCGAGCCCAGAGGACUUCUCUAUGUCAAACUGUCUCUGCAGGAGAAGUGGGACACUCAGCCCAGCUGUGACACAUCAGUGCCUGCUAAUGUGUUUGGAGUUGAACUGCACCACCUGGUGGAGAAAGAAGGAUCUGCAUCCCCAAUCCCUCUGCUGAUCCAGAAAUCUGUGGCAGAGAUCGAACGAAGAGGACUGAAGGUGGUUGGUCUGUACAGACUGUGUGGUUCUGCAGCUGUGAAGAAGGAGCUCAGGGAUUGGUUUGAGAGGAACAGUUCAGCUGUGUGCCUCAGCGAGGACCUCUACCCCGACAUCAACGUCAUCACAGGUAUACUGAAGGACUACCUGCGGGAGCUGCCGUCUCAGCUCAUCACCAGGACUCUAUAUCAGGUUGUCAGGGAGGCCAUGACCCUACGACCCCCACCUGCACCACCUGCGACCCCUGAUCCUCAGCUGGCCCAGAGCACUGUGGAGCUGCUGUCCUGUCUACCACCUCCAGAGAGGGCCACCUUGUCUCUGUUGCUGGACCACCUUAGCCUGGUGGCAUCCUUCAGCUCAUCCAACCGGAUGACCCAUCAGAACCUCGCCGUCUGCUUUGGCCCAGUGCUCCUCACCCCGACCCAGGAGGCCUGGAGAGCAGGAGGAGGAGGGAGGGGAGGAAGAGGAGGAGGGAAAGGAUUUGGUCACGGUGAGGAGAUAGCGAGUGCGGUGGACUUCAAACGACAUAUCGAGGCGCUGCACUACCUGCUGCAGCUGUGGCCAGUGCCGACCCACCGAGUCCCAGUAGAUGACCACAUCGACCUGCGUCCGUCCCCCAUCCUUCCCCCGAACCUCUUAAGUCAGCAGCAGCGACAUCCUGCACUGCGAUUGGCUCUGCCCCAGAACCGAGAGGAGGAGGUAGUGGUGUCACGUCGUGGCCGUGGCGGUCUAGCCCGGUUGGAGAGUCCACCACCAAUCAACCGGUACGCCGGAGACUGGAGCAUCUGUGGUCGAGAUCUUCUGUCCGGACAGGAGGCCGAUUAUGACGAGGUGGCAGGAAGUGAGAGUGACGGAGGCAGCGGGGAUGAGGAUGUGGGGAAGAAGCAGUCGUGGUCUUCAUCCGGAGGAGGUGGAGGUCUGUAUGUGGACGACUUCAUGGAUUUUGACGCUCCGUUUAACUGCCGACUCAGUCUGAAGGACUUCGAUACUCUUAUCCAUGACCUGGACCGAGAGCUGGCCAAACAGAUCAACAUCUGUCUGUAGAGGAGGAGCAGGAGGAUUGAUGAAUAAAGCUAUAGAGUUUAGGUUUAAAACACAUCUGUUGAAGGUCCUGUUGAAGGUUCUCUGACCGUUGGGAAGUUUCAGGAGCUGGAGGUCAUUAAGGUCACCUGGAUGUUGUUAAAGUCUCCAUUCACACCUUCAUUCAGGUGACUUCAACCUGACUGAUGGAGAAAAGAGCCUCCAGAUAUCAGUUAGACUUUCAGUUAUACCUGAUCCAAACAAACCAGUCCAGCUGACUACGGGAACCUUUAACAGACUCUGACCUGAUAACUGAGAACCUUCACAGAUCCGUUCAGUCUCAACUGAACAUCAGAAUACAAUUAUGACAGCAGACUGACCUCAGAUCAGCUGUUAGUCUGACCUCUGGAGACGUUUCAGGAGCUCUUCUCUCAUAAUAAUCAGAUUUAAAUAUGAGAAUAUGAAGUCAUAUUUAUUUUACGACACGUGUGUGAUGUUAGAUUAGUGAACGCUCUGAUCGGGUUGAUUCUGUGUUCUCAGUCCAGAUAAAUUAAUUUAUUUCUCUGAUCCAAAGAUCGAUGCAACUUCAGUGUCGACACAAAGGAGGAACCAAAGCUCUUCAGAACUUUAUUAUUUUUAUUGUUGUUGAAGGAUGAAGACCCUCGGACAUCGCACAAGUGAACUGAACUGUGUUGUUGCUGUUGUGGAUAUCAGGGUUGGGUCCUGUUGGGUCCGGUCAGGUCUGGUCGGGUCCUGUCGGACUGUGUUGGGGCUGUUUGCACUGUUGAAGCCAUAAUUUGACGUCAAAGAGAACAAACUGAAGAAGUCAUCACUCUGCUGCUUUGUCCAAUCUAGUCCCUGGCACUGCUGAUCAGCUGACAUCUUUUUAGUUUUAUUCGACACAUUUGGACCUGAAGAUUCCUCUCAAGUUCUGAACCCGGUUUUUCUCUCAGAUAUGACAGAUGAGAUGACACAUCGUACAUAUCGGACACAUUUCAGUUGGUGGUCUCUGCAGGUCUCUGGACUCUGUGGAGCAGCAGAGUGAUGAGCUCACAUCAGUGUUUUCACGGUACAGUUCGUCACUGUGAUGAAGGAAUACGAUGCCAUAUUCAGUGUUAUGUUUCAUCUGUUUGUUCUUCGACAGUAUUAUUUUGUUUUGCACAACUUCAAUAAGCACUUAUGUUUUUAUGAUGAUGACGAUAUUUCUAUGCAGAUGAUGUAACCAAAGUGUUGAAGCACAGUUCCUGUUGGAACAGACCACAGCAGCCUGUCUGUACGUGUUAUUAACCCGACCAACUAUUAAACACAUUGUUAUUAUUAUUAUUCA